GCUUAAGGGUUUAUUAACAGUAAAGUUCUGUGUUUUUUGUCUUUCGAGUUUGAGACAAGGGUUUGAAUUGGAAUGAUUCGAUUGGCUGAAACCUACCAAUCAGACGCUCCGAGUCUCGGCACCAAUGAUUUCGUCCCAAUUCCGGUAUGCUCCACUUGAAUCGUUGGCAUUACCGAGGCGGCGGACAUGUCGGGACUGGCCGCGCAGUCGUUGAAUGGCGUGAAAAUCUACAACUUGAGCGCUGGAAAGACGUUGCCGCAAUGGCUUGCUCAGAAGACGCGCAAAGCACUAUCCCGUGACGAAGACUACCGUCGUCGCCUGGAGCUGUUGCAGGACUUUCACUUUCCCGUGUCGUCGCAGCGAGUGACCAUGUCGCCUGACGGCCAUUACGUGAUCGCAUCCGGCACGUACCCACCGUCGAUCAAAGUGUACGACGUCCGAGACUUGAGUUUGAAGUUCGAACGGCGUCUGGACAGCGAAGUUGUGCGGCUCAUUUGUCUCUCGGAGGACUUUGGCAAACUUGCAUUACUCCAGUUGGACCGAUCCAUUGCGUUCCAUGCCCCGUACGGGACCCACACGUCCGUGCGCAUUCCCAAAGCCGGUCGUGACAUGGUGUAUCACCGCGGCAACUGCGACCUGUACGUGGGGGCGUCGGAUUCCGAGAUCUACCGCCUCAAUCUGGACCAAGGACAGUUUUUGGCUGGCCUGCAGACCGACAUGCCCGCAGUCAAUGUCGUACGAUUGAACCCCUUGCAUCAGCUUCUCGGGGCUGGUGGCGACAACGGUGUCGUCGAGAUGUGGGAUACGCGGAGUCAGACGCGGGCGGGGUCGCUCGCGGCGGCGACGACAGGCAUCACAGCUCUGGCCUACGAUGUCGAUGGGCUCACGUUUGCCGUUGGCACCCACACCGGCGAGGUCAAGCUAUACGAUCUGCGGUCGUCCACGCCUCUGCUAACCAAGACGCAUCAAUACGGGCUGCCCAUCGUGGACCUGGCGUUCCAUGAAGGCCCGUCCAAGCAAAUUCUGUCGUCGGACUCCAAGUGCAUCAAGAUUUGGGACAAGCACACUGGUUCGUUGUUUACGAACCUCGAAACGUCCGCCGAUAUCCGCGACGUGUGCGUGGUCCCAGGGAGCAAUGGCAUGUCCGGGGUCCUCAUGGUCGCCGGCGAGCAGGAACGGGUCAUGGCGUACUACAUCCCUGAGCUCGGUAUUGCGCCCAAGUGGUGCUCGUUCCUGGACAACUUGACGGAGGAGCUUGAGGAAGAAGCGACAACGACUGUAUAUGACGACUACAAGUUUGUGACACGGCAGGAGCUGCAGCAGCUCGGUCUGGAACACCUCAUGGGCACGCCGCUCUUAAAAGCGUACAUGCACGGUUUCUUCAUGGACGCCCGGCUGUACAGCAAGGUGCAUGCGGUCGCCGAGCCCUUGGCGUACGAUACGUAUCGUAAAGAAAAGAUCAAGCAAAAGUUGGAGGCGAAACAGGCCAACCGUAUCACGAUCCAGCGCCGCCUGCCCAAGGUCAACAAAGCGUAUGCGGAGCAACUGCUGGCCCAGCAAGCCAAGAAAGCGGCCAAGGGCGAGGCUGUGGCCAAUGACGCGGACCUAGCGACGAACCCGCUGGGCGACGACCGCUUUUCCAAACUCUUUUCGUCGGCCGACUUUUACGUUGACGAAGACAGCGACACGUACCGCGCGAUGCAUCCGAACGCGCAGUUUACCAAAAAGAAGCGCACGGACGACGUCGAUAGCGACAAUGACGAGGAUGAAGAUCGAUUCGAUUUGGUCGAGGACGAGAAGGAAGGCAAACCAAGCGAUGCCUCUUCUUCUUCCGAGGACGAUGCGAGCGACGACGAUGACGCGCCAUCGAGCCGCCCGCCUGCAAAAAAGGUUGUGAAAGCGCCCAAGUUUUUUGAACUCGCCAAGGGCGAAUCCAUCAAGAACGUCGUCGGGUUCGGGUCGGCCGCCGACCGCGCCGCACAGAAGGAGCGACGUCACUUGAGUAAACUUCCCCUGGCCGAACGUGUCAAGCUCGAACGUGUCAAGGGACGAGAGCGCAGCGUCAUGAAAAAGCUCGAUGACAACGGAUCCUCCGGCAUGGUGCGUGAAAUGAGCUAUAUUCCGCAGAGCCACACCAAGCGCGUGCCACGUGGCCCGGACUCGUCCAACAUGGCCCGGAAGAAGCGUGGCGUCCAAGAUCUAAAGUUCAAGGCCGAACACCGAAGGCCGUCGGGUGGCCGAGGCGGCCGAGGCGGACGUGGCGGUCGAGGUCGGGGAUAGGAAACAGGCAUUUCAAGUUAAGAUUAGAACGAACACACACCCAAACACGUGUUGAGUGGAAGACCUGCGGGUGUGGAAUAUCUGUGGGAAUGCGCGUCAACUCGAGUGGCGACACU